ACAUUUUUGACGUUUGUAAUUGUACGUCCGGUCCGGUCCGGUCAAAUUUAUCUUGACUGCGACUGAACGGGAAAUUGUUCACAUUUUGAUUUGAAUAAACAAAAUAGUUCUAGUUUCUUGGUCAGUUCAAUACGUCUGUUUUUUCUUACGUUUUAAGACAAAAUAUACGAUUAACUGAAAAUGGCAUCACCACUGGAACAAUUUGUGAACAAUGUAAGAGCCAUGUCUGGAUCUGGGAAUUUUCGGGAACUGUGUGAUAUAAUUGGAAAGUCUGACGAAGUUCUUCAGAGGAACAGCGCCCACCUUACCACUGUUUUGGAGACUCUAGACAUCCAGCAACAUUCGCUUGGUGUUUUAGCCGUCCUUGUUGCUAAAUUUUCACUACCACAGGGAAACAAUGAUGUUGAUAGAACUGUGAUGUUCCAACAAAUCCAUGAUUUUAUCAAUAACUGCAAUGGAGAGCAAGUCCGAUUUGCACCUGACCUGUAUGCCGAUCUUUGCCAUCUACUGACAGACCACCUUGUUGACCUCAAGCAACCAAUUAGAGGCAUAGAAAUUCUAAAGAAGGCUAUACGGAAAAUACAGCUGUUUGACUCGCAGCUCACUUCUAUACAUGCGGACUUAUGCCAGCUAUGCUUGUUGUCUAAAUGCAUGAAACCUGCAAUUGAGUUCCUGGAUACUGAUGUUACUGGAAUUAGUUCUGAGCUGGGCGGUAACAAUGACUCCAAACACUUCCUGCUAUACUAUUACUACGGAGGAAUGAUUUACUUGGCAAUGAAGAACUAUGAACGGGCCCUCUACUUCUUUGAAGUUGUAGUGACUGUGCCGGCAAUGGUGGUCUCUCACAUCAUGCUUGAAGCCUACAAGAAGUACAUUUUAGUUUCACUCAUCUUACAUGGAAAGAUUCUACCCAUGCCGAAAUACACAUCGCAAGUAGUAGGAAGGUUUCUGAAGCCACUGUCCGUAGCCUACCACGAGCUGGCAACGUCGCAGCAUGCAGCCAUCAAACAUCGCGAGACAUUCGUCAGGGAUCAGAACAUGGGAAUAGUUAAUCAAGUUUUAAACUCCAUGUACAAGAAGAACAUUCAAAGGCUGACCAAGACGUUCCUGACGCUGUCCCUCAGCGACGUGGCGUCCAGGGUGCAGCUCGCCGGCCCGCAGCAGGCGGAGACAUACAUUCUUAAUAUGAUCGAAGAGGGCGAAAUAUACGCCAUGAUAAACCAGAAGGACGGCAUGGUGGUGUUCCUAGACAGCCCGGAGAAGUACGCGUCUCCUGAAACGCUGUGCGUGCUUGAACAGCAAAUGGCGGCAUGCACCAAGCUGCACCAGUACAUUCAGGAGAUGGACGAGCAGAUUCAAGUCAACCCUCAGUACGUGAAAAAGUCAGUCGGAAGCCAUGACGAAGAAAUGCCCGGAACAAACACGAAAACAACUUACUCUAUGUAAUUAUAUUACCUUCGUCUGUACAUAUUUAAGUCUUUCUUU